AUGGCCCAAAGGACGCCUGUAUCUCACGUAGACACGUACUCAAGCCACGAUAUGCAGUCCCAUCACCCACGUACCGCUGGCGAUGUCUUAGUCAAUGUCGUUGAAGGCUCCGGAUCCGAAAAUGAGUUCCAAACUCGCAGCAAGAUGGAAGUAAAGCAUCGAAAGAAACAAGUCGCUCCGAUCCAGACAACGUUCUAUUGCUGGAAAUUCACAAAGGCGGCCCCGAGCAAAGAUAAAGACGCCCCAAACUGGAAACGAGCAGAACGAGUUCAGAUGACGCUGCCCUCCGACGAACUUGCAGCGCAAGUCAAGAAGCAGUGCAAAACGAGGUCGCUCACCGAAAUGUACGAAGCACUGUCGACAGAUCAGCGUCAACAGGUUGAGGUGCUUGUUCAGAAGAAAAGACGCGAAGAGACCAGUCGGUAUGCAAAUUGGGAAAUUGCUGCAAUACACCGCGAGACCUUCAACAACCUAAGAACAAGAGUCAGAGAGACCACCUUCAUCCGCGUGAUCUUGAGACGAGAAGACAGUCGAAGAGUCGCCAGUCUACCCCAACCGCCGAAGGCGCUUGAUACAAUAAGCAAUAUCUCUGAUCUCAAUGAUUUGUCCAGUCUGCGGUCGAAGCAGGUGGGCUCGGGGGAAGACCUAAUUUUUCGUUCUGACAGAGCAAGCUUCGAGACAAUCCCAAAAGAUAGGAGAAGUCGUGAGGAUGUGAUCGAAGUCGUAUCUGUCCCCGACAUCUUUCAAGGUCCCUCCACUCCUCCAAUGCCACCACCAGUACCAAGCGCUCUGAUUUCACGACAAAACCAGGCCUGGGAGGAUAGAAUCAAAGAUCCAAGUGCAUUCCAGGAGGACCAAGAGCUAUCGAUACCUUAUUAUCAACCAAGUCUCUGGCGACCGCAACAAUUUUCGACUGCUCAACAGGCCCAGCAGACUAAGCAUUGCUCUCAUGAGCAGGGUGCCCUUGCAUACAUAGCCGGAAUGAAGCAAGAUGCUUACGGCGGAAUCGAAGGCCAACAACAUGAUCAACAGAGGCAAUUAUCACGUCAGCCACAAGCGCCCAACCUUGCGGUUGGUCCUAGACCCUUGGCUAUGCAACCAAUACCACAGAUGCAGUGGCGACCAGGACCACAGCGGUACCAGUCAUACCCACAGCACUCUGAUCUGAAUGGAGAUCAAUAUCAAGACUACGAUGCCAAACGGCAACAACCACACCCAAGCACACAGCGUGGAGGCCUCGGCGAGUUCGAAGCAAUCGUCAUACAGCAGCCGACAGAAAAACUCAGACGACACCAGACUGAUCAGAUACCGCCGCGAUCUAGCCUCCCGGGAAUAUGGUCAGAGCAACUUUUACCAGCACCAUGGAACUUUGAACAUAGCGCUCAUGAAAUCUCUACUGAGACGCCACCCUCUCUUGAACCACAACUGAUCGAAAGGCAAACAAAUUACUUCGGACCACGGAUUGACAAUCAUUUUGAGGUAGUGGAGCCGCUCUCCACUACAAGACCUCCAUACAUGAAUGCUGAUGCACCAAUGCCGACCACCAAUCACUACUCUGAAGGACUUGAGAAUCGGAGGGAGACUUUGUACAACGAUGAAGCUCCCACGCAAUCUGAGUGGCCCAGCUACAACCCUGUCGCUGAAGAGGCAGAUCUUCCAGUGUCACAUCUCCAGCCACAGCAGCAGGCGAAACGCACCAACCAAAGUGCCGAAAGAAUGAGACGAGAAGAUAUAUUGUUCUGGAGAACUCAAGCUCAGCUUAGCCACUCUCGAUCUUCCUCAAGUUUAGACGACCAGUCAUCGACCUUGGCGUCUCCUGAACAGAGUACGCCACCCACGUCCAUAUCAGGAGAAAGAAGACCUUUGGAUCGCAGAAAUACGGACAGACCGACCUACGACCCACCAGAACAAUUUGGACAGCAGCUAUCAGCACACGAGUUCCUGCGUCCGAGCAGUAACCGACAGCACGAAAAGCCGUCCGUGAACCGAACGCAGAAUGAAUAUAGACCACAAAAUCGCCGAGGUGUCAGUUUUGAGGAUCAACAACCCUCAAACCUAUACGCUCCCAGCCCCAACCAUCAGAAUGCCUAUCAGCGACCAUUGGCACCAGAACCUCCGGCACCUCAAGCAAACUAUGUUUCACAACACUCAAGCCAGCAUUCCCGACCUCAGCACCUAGAGACAGAUAACGCAUCCAUGCUCGAACGUUUGAACGAACGCCUAGAUCACAUGGAACUUCGACAAGCAGAAGGAGCAACCAGGAAGGCCGUGGAAGCGGUACAGAAGAGGAGGGAUCUAGAGAGGAAAGAAGCAUAUGACCGAGGCGUCGAAGAUGCGAUGAAGUGGACUCAACCACGCCCGAGUGGAUUUGGUCGGUUUGAUUGA